AUGCAUCACCGGAUAGUUCAACGUUUAAGAGAUGUCUCUCAAGAUGAAGGUCUUGUGGCAAAGUUCAGAGAGAAUGGUCGAUCAAGCAAGCGUGAAGACAUUAAGAGCAAUAGGGUAUGGUCAAAAUCCAGGACAAAAGACGGUUGCUUUGAGUGUGAGUCAAAAGAUCAUUGGAAGAAGAAUUGUCCUACAUGGAGAGAGAAUAGAAACAAAUGGAGGAAGCUAGAUGACUCAGUCAAGGUUGCGGAGGAUAGCAAUGGUGAGAUUUUAAUUGUUGAUAGCAUUGUUAAUAUUGAUGUAGUUUAUAUUUCUUCUAAGGUAAAGAUGUAUGACAAUAUUGUUAGGACAUUGGGUAUGGUUAGGUGCAUACCAAAGUUGAAGAAGAAUAUCAUCUUGGGGGAUAUUCAACCUAACUUCAUGUAUCGACUAUGUGGUACAACAAUGACUGGUGGAGCAGCUAUAUCUACCAAGAAUUACUCAGAUGAUGAGACUCAGCUUUGGCAUUUAAAGUUAGGGCAUAUAAGUGAGCGAGCCAUGCAAGACUUACACAUACGGAAGCUUUUGAAGGGAGUACACAGUUGCAAACUUGAGUUCUAUAAGUAUUGUACAAUCGGAAAGAAUUCGAAUGUGACAUUCAAGCAACAAGACAAAAAGAAUAUGAGCACAUGA